AUGGACGGAAAUAAUAGCGUUUUUGGCCGUUGCAAACCGUGGGUGUACGAUGACAUUACGGCCUGCUACCGUGUGUGGAUCUUGGGAUAUUAUGUCCCAUUGGCGCUAGUAGUGGGGGCUGUGUCAUAUUCAGGCUACAAUGUGGUGAGAAACUCGCGUAGAUUCCAGGCCGCGCCGAAUUACGCAAAUGAACUGGCCCUGGAUGACAAUAACGAGCAUAAACCUUUGUUAGCAGAUCACAAUGGGGCCCUUUACCAGGCACGUGAUGGGGAUGAAAAUAAUGAAAUACCUAUUUCAAAAGACACCCUCAAGGAAAACCAUUUUUCCAUAGAAAGAAUAAAGCUCACAAAUGCCCAGGGCAAGAACCAUGGUACCGUUCAGAUCUUAAGACGUGGGUUCAUCGAGAAAACGCGCGUAGUGCUCGAGUCCCUAGCAUGUUUGGCUCAGCUUGCGAUCCACGCGUUUGUAUGGGCGCGUUUCGCUGGUGACUCCAGCGAAUUUCCCCUAGGUGCAAUCAUUGCACGUACAGUUCUAUGGGCCUGGUUGGUUGUGGUAGUCGUUUUUCGUCUUGCCAACAUCAAUCAGCAGGUCAAUUGGAUCUGUAAGUACCCUGGGAAUCUGUGGUCCGUUUCGUUAGUUUCCUAUCUGGUUCUUUUUGGUGCCCAGAUCCUACCACUAAGAUCGUAUCUGAUAGGACAUAUCGAUGACCGUGUUGCACAACAAUACACACUUUCGCAAUUCUACUUAAAUUUGACUUUGUUCCUAUUGUUGUUUACCGCUAAAAUUGGAAACAGCAAUGCAUACAUUUACCGCACUGACGCAGACAUCACUCCAUCCAGCGAACCAGUAACAUCCAUAUUUGGGUUUAUCACAUGGUCUUGGAUUGACGGCUUUAUUUGGAAAGCAAACAAGCAGCCUAUCAAGGUCCAAGAUAUUUGGGGUCUCACGCUUGAAGAUUACUCGCUUGUUGUUCUCAAAGAAUAUAAGAGCUCCAGCAAAAAUGAAGACAGGAACCUUUUGUAUAACCUGUUUUGGUUUUUCCUCAAAUACCUUGGGCUACAAGGUUUCUGGGCUUGUUUCAAUAGCGUUUUAAGCUUUGUUCCCGCACUACUAUUGAAACGAAUUCUCGAGUACGUCGAUGACCAAUCCACUGCGCCCAAAAAUUUGGCCUGGCUCUACGUAUGCAUCAUGUUUUUUUGCAAAAUUGCACUCGCAAUUUGUCAAUCUCAGGCUCUUUUCCUAGGUAGAAGAAUAUGUCUUAAAAUGAGGGCUAUUCUUAUCUCGGAGAUUUAUGGUAAAGCGCUGAGGAGAAAAGUAUCCAACAGCACUUCUGAAGUCAUCUCGGAUGAAGUUGACGUUGAAUCACAAUCUUUAAGUUCCGAAGAGGAUGUGGACGCUGACCAAGAGUCUGGUACCGCGAAUCUAGGUGCUAUUAUUAAUCUGAUGUCUGUAGACGCCUUCAGAGUCUCUGAAAUUUGUGGUGAUCUACAUAGCUUCGUCGAAGCGUGCAUCAUGACAAUCGUCGCGUUAGUUCUUCUUUACAAUCUCCUGGGAUGGUCCGCAUUGGUUGGGACCGCUUUAAUUGUCGCAUUGCUUCCUGUUAAUUUCAAGCUCUACACACUGCUAGACCAGUACCAAGACGAUUUUUUGGCCUUCACAGACAAGAGGAUCGAGAAGUUGAAUGAAACUUUCCAAGCUAUCCGCAUCAUCAAGUUCUUCUCGUGGGAGGAGAAAUUUGAACAAGAAAUUUUGGAUAUUAGAGACCAGGAACUGAAAUUGAUGAUGCAGCGCUCCUUCGUAUGGGCGCUUUCCAGUUUUGUCUGGUUCAUUACCCCAGGUCUUGUUACGUCCGCGACUUUUGCUGCCUACAUCUAUUUGCAGGGCCGUGUCUUAACUACUCCCAUUGCUUUCACCGCGCUUUCCUUAUUCGUACUGUUGAAAACCCCACUCGAUGAGUUUUCCGAUAUGUCAAGUCUAGUCAUCCAAUCUAAAGUGUCUUUAGAUAGGAUCCAAAGUUUCAUGAAGAAGGACGACACUAAAAAGUAUGAACAAAUCACUGUUGGUACCAACAAAAUAGGUUUCGAAAAUGCUACCUUUUCUUGGGAUAUGAAAAAUGCUGAUUUCAGACUCAAAAAUCUGAACCUGGACUUCAAAAUUGGUAAAUUGAAUGUUGUUCUCGGUCCCACCGGGUCUGGUAAGACGUCUCUGCUUAUGGGUCUACUAGGUGAGAUGGAUUUAAUAGAUGGCAAAGUAUACACUCCUUGCUUGGACGCCAGAGAAGAUCUAAUUGUAGAAAACGAUGGUAUGACGAACUCUGUGGCCUACUGUUCUCAAGCUGCGUGGCUGUUGAAUGACACUGUAAGAAACAAUAUUCUAUUCAGCAGUCCAUAUAAUGAGGCUAGGUACAAUGCCGUGGUGGAAGCAUGUGGGCUAAAACGCGAUUUUGAGAUUUUAAAUGCUGGUGACCAUACUGAAAUUGGAGAAAAGGGCAUCACGCUCUCAGGUGGCCAAAAGCAGAGAAUUUCUUUGGCACGGGCAUUGUACUCGUCAUCCAGACAUCUCUUGCUAGAUGAUUGUCUCAGCGCUGUUGAUUCUCAUACUGCUCUAUGGAUCUAUGAGAACUGUAUUUCGGGACCUUUGAUGCAAGGCAGAACCUGCAUACUCGUUUCUCACAAUGUUGCAUUGACUUUGAAAAACGCUGACUGGGUAGUGUACAUGGAAAAUGGUAAAAUAAAGGAUCAAGGCGAACCUCUUGAACUUUUCAACAAGAGUUUGUUGGGGCAGGACGAACUUGUCAAGACUAGCAUUCUUUCUCGUGGGGCGUCAUCGACAAGUCUAAGCCGCAAGGUCGCCAAAAGCGGUGUUGAUUUGAGCAAACUGAGCAGCAAGAUCGAGGAGGAAAGUGCCUUGCCCAAAAAGGACCUACCCACUGAAGAGGACAAAAUGAAAUUGGGGAAACUUAUCGAGGAGGAGACCAAAUCCGAAGGUGUUGUUAAUCUUGAAGUUUACAAGUGGUACGCGGAUUUAAUCGGUGGUUGGAAGAUGAUAUCAUUUUUGGGUCUUGUAUUUUUCAUUUCGCAAUGUGUGACCAUCUGUGAAUCGCUAUGGGUUCGUAAGUGGGCUUCUAACAACAGGUUCGAUACAAUAAAGGCAAUUGUAAUCAAAUUUUCUAGCUCAUAUGUUCUCGUCGGAGCACAGGCGUUACGCUCUCAAGUGGACCCUGUGUCGAUUUCGACUGUGGCCACACCUGAGGUUACUUCUGUCACGAAAAUUACCGGGCACUCUACCAUCUACUAUCUUUCAAUUUAUUUUCUUAUCGGUGUUGCUGUCGGUGUAGUUUCAGCCUCUAAGACCAUAUUCGGCUUACUCGCAGGUCUCAGCGCGUCGAGAAAAAUGUUCAAGCUCGUUUUGAAAAAAGUGUUGCACGCUAAGCUGAGAUUUUUCGACUCAACUCCCAUUGGUAGAAUCAUGAAUCGCUUCUCGGGAGACUUGGAAGGUGUCGACGACGAAUUGAUGCCAUACGUGGAAGGCACAUUUGUGUCCCUUAUCGAAUGCUUUUCAAUUGUUAUACUGAUCGCUUACAUCACUCCUGAAUUCUUCUUUGUUGCAAUCAUCGUUGGUUUCAUGUACUAUCUGGUGGCCUACUUCUACAUGGUCGGGUCUAGAGAACUGAAAAGGUUCGAAUCCAUUAGUCGCUCGCCAAUACAUCAACACUUUUCUGAAACUCUUGUAGGUAUCACGACAAUCCGUGCCUUUGGAGACGAGCGCCGUUUUAUGGAAACCAAUUUGUCAAAGAUUGACGAAAAUAAUAAGCCUUUCUUUUACUUGUGGGUUGUCAACCGUUGGCUAGCUUUCAGAGUCGAAUUUAUUGGUGCAAUUGUUAUUUUUGCUGCAGGUGUGUUUGUUCUACUAAACUCUUCAACAUUGGACUCUGGCUUGGCGGGCAUAUCUUUGACGUAUGCGAUAUCUUUUACCGAAGGGGCCGUAUGUCUUGUCAGAGAAUAUGCUAGUGUGGAAAUGAAUAUGAAUUCGGUCGAGCGUUUGAAAGAAUAUAUGGACAUUGAACAAGAACCUCACUUUCAGAGUACGCACAACCCACCACCUGAAUGGCCAAGUCAAGGUAAAAUUGAGGUCAAUGAUCUAUCGUUACGCUACGCGCCUAAUUUACCCAAGGUUAUCAAGAAUGUUUCUUUCACUAUUGAACCUAACGCCAAA